GCUGGAUGACGUCAUGAUUUAAUUCCGCAGUCGCAGCCAUUGGUUUGGAGUUCGCAGCUGCGCACUCUUGUCAGCACCUACACAAUAGAGCCAUGGUCAAGCUACACACCAAACAACACACUUCCACUAAUGACUUUCAAAAUAAAAGCAUGACCAUAAAAAUAGAGCAUCUUUCGCCUUUGCUGUUYUGCUUUAUUAGGUCCAACAUGUCUUACUUCCGAUCCUGCCCUCAUUGUCUCCUAGAGGUUUUGACACAUGAACAAUGAAAGCGCGUGUGUGUGCGUGUGUGGAAAAAUAUGAUAUUGAUGCGGAGGCUAAAUAGACACACUGAAGAAAAGGGGUCAGCAGCGGUGAAGGAGGACAGCGCAAAGUCGCAGCGGCUCCCCUCCACCCCGGUGACUCCUAUGUGCCUCCUGACCCUGAGGACCGCUCAUUCUASGAUGGGCUGUGGAAGCUCGGCUCAGCCCCCGGAUCAACCCUGCCGCAGCUGUUCAGAGAUCCGCGGAUAGGACCAAGGCAUCGGGACAGAGACGCGAACACAGUGGCCCGUGCUUGCCCUGCGCUCCUCACCCAAAACGAAGCAGUGCGUAAAUGCGCUCGGACAAGGUAGAAAAAGCAGCACCGGGAGGACCAUUUUAAAUAUUUGCAUCCCCUCAUCUUCAUACUGCAUCGAUUUUUAAAAUUCAUCAUUGUCCCGCAAAGCGAAUGGAGUGAAGUGUGCUUAAAAAAAGAAAAGAAAAAAAGAGAGAAAGGGGGAAAAAAGGGAGGAGAGUCAAGACUGCAGUUUGGUUGCGUGUGAUGAUAGGAGACACAAUGACGCUCUUGUCUCUUCUGGGUCGGAUCAUGCGUUAUUUUCUCCUCAGGCCGGAGACGUUGUUCCUGCUCUGCAUCAGUCUGGCGCUGUGGAGUUACUUCUUCCACACCGACGAGGUGAAGACCAUCGUCAAGUCCAGCAGGGAUGCCGUGAAGAUGGUGAAGGGGAAAGUGGCGGAGAUGAUGCAGAACGACCGCCUCGGAGGCCUCAGCGUCCUGGAUGCGGAGUUCUCCAAGACGUGGGAGUUCAAGAACAACAACGUGGCCGUGUACUCCAUCCAGGGCAGGAGAGACCACAUGGAGGACCGGUUCGAGGUGCUCACCGACAUCAGCAACAAAAGCCACCCGUCCAUAUUCGCGAUCUUCGACGGACACGGUGGAGAGGCUGCAGCUGACUAUGCCAAGGCCCACCUGCCCGAGUCUCUGAAGCAGCACCUGCAGGCCUUUGAGAGGGAGAAGAGAGACGGCGCUGUCUCGUAUGCCAGCAUCCUCGAGCAGCGUGUCCUUGCCGUGGACCGCGAGAUGCUGGACAAGCUCUCUGCCAACCACGACGAAGCAGGUACAACCUGCCUGGUGGCCCUGCUGUCGGACCGAGAGCUCACAGUGGCCAAUGUCGGAGACUCCCGGGGGGUGUUGUGUGACAAAGACGGGAACGCUGUUGCACUCUCACAUGACCACAAGCCGUAUCAGCUCAAAGAACGCAAGAGGAUCAAGCGGGCAGGAGGAUUCAUUAGUUUUAACGGGUCUUGGAGAGUUCAGGGAAUCCUCGCCAUGUCCCGUUCCCUGGGGGACUACCCACUGAAGAACCUCAACGUGGUCAUCCCCGACCCCGACAUAAUGACCUUUGACCUGGACAAGCUGCAGCCAGAGUUCAUGAUCCUGGCAUCCGAYGGCCUGUGGGACGCCUUCAGCAACGAGGAGGCGGUGCGGUUUGUGCGCGAGCGUCUGGACGAGCCUCACUUUGGCGCCAAGAGCAUCGUCCUCCAGUCUUUCUACCGGGGCUGCCCCGACAACAUCACAGUCAUGGUGGUGAAGUUUAAAAGCGGGGCUGGGGGCAGCGGCAAGGCGUAGGUCUGGGUUGAGUACAUAAACACUGAGGACUGUACUAUAGAUAAGUGCACACACAUACACGCAUAUACACUCAUACAAGUGUAAAAAAAAUUGGACAUUGAUUGAGUGACCGAUAUUUAAAAAAAAAAGAAAAACUGCAAAAGAAAACUUGUAGAUUUUUUUUCUCUUAACCAGCACGCWUCAGACUGUGAUUACUGUACUACUGUUUAAACUACAUGCAACUGACUGAUACAUCUAGUCUGAACACUUUUCAUUUUUAGAGGAGGCUACAAGUUGUGCCUGCACAAGAAAAACUGUGCAAUUACAGAUAGGUGCUGAAAAUGCAACUGCAAAAAAUCACCACCUCAGCUUGCUGCAUUUUUGAUGAUGCACUGAAAAAAUGGACACUUUCAAUAAUUUGUACGGCUCCAGCAGAUCUCUGAUUAACUUGAAAUGACCCUGUACCCCAAAUCUUACCUUUCUGAGCAUGAACCACUCACCCCGCCUGCAUACUUGAGUGGCACCUGUCAAGUSUUGAUACUGUAGUUCCAGCUGUCAUUCAGCUUCAAUUCCUCCUGGGUCUGAUGGGAUUUUAAACACAAGCUGUCACCGCGGUGGUAAUUAGGAGUCAGUCAGAGAGAGUUACAUCUUCUGCUGAUCUUUAUUUUACUUUUAGGUAACUUUUUUUUUUUAAAACAGUC